UCAAGAACCUACUAGUUCCCUUGAAGAGUCACAUCCUUGGUUGAGUCCCAACACUCUCUGUCUCUCUCUGCCCAUAAUUAUCUUUUCUUAAUUUCUACUUUAGUAUUUGUACAAAGAGUAUAAUACUACUACUUAUAAACUAUUACUAUUGUUUGACCACGGCAAAAAAAAUACUAUUGUUUGACCAAAAAAAAAACUAUUACUAUUGUUUUUGUUGCUCUUUAUAUAGUAAUAGUACUAUCCACUAUUGUUAUAGUAUCAUUAUACUUAGACAAUCCCUAAUGGUAUAUUAUUUUGAAGAAAAAAAUGAGUUUGUGAAAUAGUAUCUCUUCAAAUUUGAAGAGAUACUAUUCACAAACUCAUUUUUUUCCCUCAAAAUGAUGCACUAUCGAAAAAGAUAUUCCCUUAAUUUUUUAUGUUUUCAUUCAAAAUAAAUAAGCUUUAUAUUUAUAAAUUAGUUCUUAACAUUUUAUAUAAUUCUGUUUUAUAUUUAAAAAGUUUCAAUAUUUAUGUUUUAUUCUUUAGAAAAAUUAUUAAUACUUUAGAAAAUAAUAUAAAAAUUUGUUUUAUAAGCAUUUUGAAAUUAAUAAUAAGUAGUAUUUUUUAGGAAAAAAUGAGGUAAACAAUUGGAGUAAAAUUCAAACUCAUUUUGAUUUUAUUUCAUUUUUAGGGAGAAAAUGAUGUAAACCAUUGGAGAUGUCUUUAGGGAUGCAACAAAAUACAAUCUAACCAUCCAUUUAUAGGUAUGUGGCCAGUUCAUAAUUUACAAACUACUACAAUAAAGGUCGAUAUUUUAACAUCAUUAGGCUAAUAUUCCUAGUUUUAAGAAAACUACAGUAUAUAUCUUAUUUUAUAUAACAAAGUGAAAAUAUACUAUUAAUUUAUUUAGUUAUAGAAUAAAUAGCUAGAGUUUUUUUUUUGAGCAACAUGAGAAUUUACAUGUUGAGUUUAUGUUCCCUGGUCUCAUUUAAGGAUAUCAUUGUGUACGUUAAAGAAAAGAAAUAUUCUCUAAUCUCUUUUGUGUUUUAUAUAAAUGUUCAUUACAACAUAACCUCAACGCUAUAAUCAGUAGCUGUCGUGGCCUAGUAACAAUCACUCUUGAUUGUCUCUUCUUUUGUCAGCUUCUCUCCUCUCUCUCCUCAUUUAAAAGAGCAACAAACAACUAAAAUUAGCAAAACCACAUUUUCUUUCACUUCUUCCCCUUCGCCCUUUCUAUUUCUAGGCUCAGCACUUACAGAAAGAGAGAUGAGCAGAAGCAUUUCUUUCUCUGCCUGAGUAAAAGAAAACAAGAACCAUUACUCAUGGAGUUACUAAUGGGUUCGGGUCAGAACCGGACUGAGACAGUUGGUUCCUCCUCCAGAGAGUCUUCUUCACUUAGUGGUGGACUCAGGAUUGGUCAGAAGAUCUACUUCGAGGAUGGAUCCGGAUCCGGCAAGGACCGGGCUAACAAGUACCGUAAGACUACUACAGGAGCUAGGUGCCAAGUGGAAGGUUGUAAAAUGGAUCUAAGCAAUGCAAAAACAUAUUACUCAAGACACAAAGUUUGUGGCAUUCACUCUAAAUCAUCUAAAGUCACUGUCUCUGGGCUUCAUCAAAGGUUUUGCCAACAAUGUAGCAGGUUUCACCAGCUUUGUGAGUUUGACUUAGAGAAAAGAAGUUGUAGAAGACGACUUGCUUGCCACAACGAAAGAAGAAGAAAGCCUCAAGCAACAAGAGCCACUCUGUUCACUUCUGGUCUCUCUAGAAUCUCUCCAUCUCUUUACGGAAGCGUUUUGGGAGACCCAUCAUGGGAUAGGAGUGUUUUCUCACAGGGAAGUUCAAGAUUUAGUAUAACAUACCCAGAGAUGGUGAAAAAUAGUAGCACAGACUCAAGCUGUGUUCUCUCUCUUCUGUCAAACUCAAACACAACUCAGCAGCAGCAACAACAACUUCAGACAUCAACCAAUGCUUACUUGAUGGACGCAGAAAGGGUUACAAUAAUGGCUAAGUCACCGCCUGUCUCAGUACAUAAUCAGUACUCGAACCAAACCUGGGAGUUCAUGUCAGGCGAAAAGAGCAACUCGCCUUGUGUGUCCUCCCCUGCUUUGAGACUGAGCCAAAUCUCUGAGCCAGAUGAUGACCUCCAGUUCCUGAUGAGCAAUGGCGCCACAAUGGGUGGAUUCGAGUUGAACCUACAGCAGCAGGUUCUGAGGCAGUACUCUUCUACUCAACAUUUUACUUGGCCUCUUUGAGACUUUCUACCAAGAGCCCUUACCAGUAGAAGGUUGCUAGUUGCUACUAAGAGUUUAUAGUCUCAAGAUCUUAUUAAAUUAAAUAUUUUUCUAUGCUACUGCUACUUAAAACCAGACAAUGAUGCCAGAUAAUGGCCUUUGAAUCUGGAUAUUAUUUAAAUGGUUUUGGCUCUUGAUUUUAAGCCAUUUGUUUUUAGUACUGAUGCUAUAUUAGUAUAAACGCAGAUUAAAACAUCAUCAUCAUUAAUAUAUAUUGUUAAUAAAAUCAGAAUUCCACA